AAUAAAUUUUAAAAUUACCGCCACCAGGAAACGGAAACCGUCCGCACGCAACCAUCAGAAUUUUACAGUCAAAAAACAAAUGAGUAAUGGGAAAUGGCGCUUGCUGUCGAAACGGCAAGUAAUUAUAUAAAGAAUUUAAUCGAUACGAGAACGAACCGCUAGUUACGAAAAGUUGAAAAUGAGUGUCGAUGCGUACGGACCCAGUUCGCAAACACUCACGUUUUUGGAUACCGAAGAUGCUGAUUUGAUUGGGGCCGAUACGCAGGGCUCCGAAUGCGACUUCACCGAUUUUACGAUACCCUCGCAAACGCAGGCCUCGCAACAUGACCAUGCAGGUCCCAAAGUUACGGGAGUACAGAUUGCUAACAACAUAGCCAACAAGAUCGCUGCAACGACAAGUGCUCUAGGGGAAUUGCAAUUCGAAGAAGACGAUGAAGAAGGUUAUUUCAAUGCGAAAGAGCUCCCGGAUUACGCGUGCAAGUAUUGUGGCAUUCACGAGCCGAAUUGCGUUGUCAUGUGCAACCUCUGCAAGAAAUGGUUCUGCAACGGUAGAGGAAACACCUCCGGUAGCCACAUUAUCAAUCAUCUGGUAAGAGCUAAACAUAAAGAAGUCACCCUUCACAAAGAUGGUCCUUUGGGUGAAACGAUUUUAGAAUGCUACAGCUGUGGAGUUCGCAAUGUCUUUGUCCUCGGUUUUAUACCGGCUAAAGCGGAUUCUGUGGUGGUUUUGCUCUGCAGGCAACCGUGCGCUGCGCAAAAUUCCUUAAAAGACAUGAAUUGGGAUCAAGAUCAGUGGAAGCCGCUAAUAGCCGAUAGAUGUUUUUUGACUUGGCUUGUGAAAAUCCCGUCAGACCAAGAACAAUUGCGAGCUAGGCAAAUAUCCGCCCAGCAAAUCAACAAAUUAGAAGAGCUGUGGAAGGAGAAUGUCGAUGCCACGUUUCAGGAUUUGGAGAAACCCGGCGUGGACGAGGAACCCCAGCAGGUUCUGUUACGUUACGAAGACGGUUAUCAGUAUCAAAACAUUUUCGGUCCGCUUGUAAAACUGGAAGCCGAUUAUGAUAAACGCUUGAAGGAGUCCCAAACUCAAGAAAACAUCGAAGUGCGUUGGGACGUCGGCCUGAACAAAAAAACCAUCGCGUAUUUCACGCUAGCCAAGACCGAUGGGGAUAUGAAACUGAUGCACGGAGACGAGCUGAGAUUGCGUUACGUUGGCGAAAUGCAUAAGACUUGGGCCGGAGUCGGACACGUUAUCAAAGUUCCCGAUAAUUACGGAGAAGAUAUCGGUAUCGAGCUCAAGAACGGGUCUGGGGCCCCUGUCGAAUGCAGCAGCAAUUUCGUUGUGGACUUCAUUUGGAAGAGCACUAGUUUCGAUCGUAUGCAAUUGGCGCUUAGAAAAUUCGCCGUCGACGAUGCUUCAGUAUCAGCUUACAUCUACCACCGCCUUUUGGGCCACGAAGUUGAAGAGGUUCUAUUUCGAUGCCAUUUGCCUAAACAUUUUUCCGCACCAAAUUUGCCUGAUCUUAAUCGUUCUCAAGUGUACGCUGUUAAACACGCCCUUCAGCGCCCGUUGUCUCUAAUCCAAGGGCCACCCGGUACUGGUAAAACUGUCACUUCUGCUACCAUCGUUUACCAGCUCGUUAAGCAGAACGGCGGACCGGUAUUGGUGUGCGCUCCAAGUAACACUGCAGUAGAUCAGCUCACUGAGAAAAUACAUAAAACUAAUUUGAAAGUAGUCCGUCUGUGCGCAAAGUCGCGCGAAGCUAUAGAUUCUCCGGUAAGCUUUUUAGCUUUGCACAAUCAAAUAAGGAAGAUGGAAGGUAACACGGAGCUGCAGAAACUGCAACAGCUCAAAGACGAAACCGGCGAACUUAGUUCCGUGGACGAAAAGCGCUAUCGAAUGUUGAAAAAAAUGGCGGAGAAAGAGCUUCUCGAGGCUGCCGACGUUAUUUGUUGUACGUGCGUGGGCGCUGGAGAUCCGCGUUUGGUUAGAUUGAAGUUCCAUUCGAUUUUGAUUGACGAAAGCAUGCAAGCGACAGAGCCGGAAUGCAUGGUGCCUGUUGUGCUCGGAGUCAAGCAGCUCAUCUUGGUUGGUGAUCAUUGCCAAUUAGGUCCUGUCGUUAUGUGCAAAAAAGCCGCUCGCGCCGGUUUGUCUCAGAGCUUGUUCGAACGUCUCGUCGUGUUGGGCAUCAGACCGUUCCGUCUUGAAGUGCAGUACCGUAUGCACCCGGAGUUGUCGCGGUUUCCGUCCAACUUUUUCUACGAAGGUAGCUUGCAGAACGGUGUAAGUUCGGAGGAGAGAAAGUUGAAUAAAAUCGAUUUUCCUUGGCCGAUUUUGGACAGGCCGAUGUUCUUUUUGGUAACGCAAGGACAGGAAGAAAUCGCCGGUUCUGGAACUAGUUAUCUGAACAGGACGGAAGCGUCGAAUGUUGAAAAAAUCGCCACCAGGUUUCUUAGGUCAGGUGUUAAACCUGAACAGAUUGGAGUCAUUACACCUUACGAAGGACAAAGGGCGUACUUGGUCCAGUACAUGCAGUAUCAAGGGUCUCUACACAGUAAAUUGUACCAAGAAAUUGAAAUUGCGAGCGUUGAUGCAUUCCAAGGUCGCGAGAAAGAUAUAAUCAUCAUGUCUUGCGUGCGCUCUAAUGAACAUCAAGGAAUCGGUUUCCUCAACGAUCCUAGAAGAUUAAAUGUUGCUUUGACAAGGGCUAAAUACGGCAUUAUCAUCGUUGGCAAUCCUAAGGUUUUAUCCAAACAACCCCUUUGGAAUCAUUUGCUGUCGUUUUACAAGGAGCAGAAGGUUUUAGUCGAAGGUCCCCUAACUAACAUGAAGGAAUCGCUUAUUCAAUUUGCCAAGCCUAAGAAACUAACCAACUCCGAAAAUCCCGGAUCUCAUUUCAUGACUACUUCGAUGUUUGAUGCUAGAGAAGCUAUGGUACCCGGUAGUGUUUAUGAUAGAAGUGCUAAUCAGGCUAUGAAUGGACAAUUUAACUAUCCAAGUCACAGAGGAGUUCCUCUAGAUGUGUUCGGAAGAACCCACGAUCCCAUUAGUUACAUUUCACCGGAACGAGCUCAAGCCGGAAUGAAUUUACCAGUGCCCGUAGGAAUGUUCAUGAACAUGGCGCACAUUCCACCAAGAUUCUACAACCAACACCAACAAGCUUUACAAGCACGCCAGCAACAGAACCACCGGAACAGAAAACCGCCUCAGAGGCAAAAAGGAAAAGGCGGCAAUUUGAGUCAAGAUCACACCCAACCUUUCAGCCAGAGCUUGCAAUUGACGCAAGGCAUGUCCCAACCUGGGUUGUCUCAACCUGGUUUCAGUUUGAGCCAACCGGGAUUGUCGCAGGCCGAGCUUAGUCAAGAUCCUUACAUGGCCGAAUACCAAUCCCAGAUGGACGGACUAUUGUCUCAAGAUUCUACAUACCAGGGAGAUAGGUCUGCCUUCUACCAGCCGAGUGCUCAGUUCUCCCAGCCCUAUUGAUCGAGUUCGGAAGAAACAUGACAAUAGAAUCGCGGGAGCGGUCUUCUGAAAAUUUGCAAGUGAAAGAGAUCUGAUCGUCAAAUUGUCAGUAACGCAGCAAAUAAGGUCACAAGAUGUCGACAAAAACCAGAAAAUAAUUCAAUAAUUCGACAUAUGGAGAGAGAAAACAAACAACAUCAAAAUAAAAUAAGUAACAAAAAAAUACAUAAUAAAGGCGAACGCCAGAUUAAAAAAAAGGUUCAUGUUCCCUAAAAUAAAUUUUUCGAUCCCCUUACGAUUUAAAGGGGACGUUGCUCUUCCUGUAGGUGACGUUUUUCACAAUGCUGUGUCUAAGAUACCUUCAUUUACAUUUAUUGUAAGUUUUAUUUUAAAUUUAAUGUUUUUAAUAAGUUUAUUUUUGUUGGACAAUUUUUAGGAGGUUGACCCGGUUAUUUCAAGUUAGUCUGUUAAAAACAAAAAAAAAUAUCGUACUUUAAUUUUUCAUUGUCACUAUUAAUUCUAUUUCAUGUUGUUCAAAAUAGCCCAAACCGACUUUUGAAAUAAUUUCUGUCAACGCACCGUAAAGUAAAAAGAAAAUUAAAGUUAAAUGUCACGAAUGGCAUGAAAAAAAAUUGAGAAAAUUUUACUUAUUUUUUAUUAUAUGGCAUACAUUGUCGAAGGGUUAUUGGUUUAUUUCUUUUAUUUUCAUGAAAUUACUUAUUCAUUGUCGAAAAUGCGAUUAAAAGCUCUUUUCAUUUAUCACUACUACUCACUGCUUUUUACUUUGGACUCUUCCUGCUAUACCAAGCGGUCCUCUUAUCGGACUUGAGCUAUGAAAUUUAUUUUGAGCAAUAAAUAAAAACGUUUU